GUAAUUCCAGCAGAUUUUGAGCUUUUCUCCUUCAAAAUCUGCUGGAAUUACAUUAAUCAUGUAAAAACGUAAAAAAAAAUUACAGUAAAUCAAAGAAAAAAGUAGUAGUUGUUGGAGACUAGUGAGUAAAUUCAGACAUGGCCUUGUAGAUGGUUAAUUAUUGCUAAUUUAUUAUAUAACAUGAUAGUGGCACUUUUUCAAUGUCAAAGGUCAAGCAAAGUAGUUUUUUUUAAUCUAUCUUACAUUAGGACUAAAUAUACCAGAUUUCACAUUAGUAGGUAAAAGUUUGAAUUAAAAAACAAAACAAACUGUGAGGUCACACUUGUAGCUCCGCCCCUGAAGGUCACAGGUCAACUCCAAGGACAUCUUUAGGAUGUGCCUGAUAAGAUUCUGGGUUUUAUAUCUCAUUAAGGGGAGAAAAAAGGUUUUCAAAUAAUUAAUUGGAGUGAUUGUUCUCCUCAGGAAAAAAGAAAGUUCCCAGAAUGAGCAUCUCCAAAAGUCACACGGCGGGGCAAAACAACCCACUGAUGCAGUAUGUGCUCAAUCACUCCUUAAGGGAGCAUCCGGUUCUGAAGAAGCUCCGACUGAGAACGAUGGAAGAUCCUCAAAAUAUCAUGAUGGUCGCCUGUGAGCAGUCGCAGUUCAUGGCCAAUCUGGCGAAACUCAUUCAGGCCAAGAAGGCAAUAGAGAUCGGAGCCUACACGGGCUACAACACUCUGAACGUGGCGCUGGCCCUGCCCGAGGACAGCGUGGUGGCGUGUGACAUCAGUGAAGAAUUCACAAACAUCGCCAAACCUUUCUGGAAAGAGGCUGGAGUUGAACCAAAAAUUGAUCUACGCAUUCAGCCAGCCCUGAAAACCCUCGACGAUCUCCUUUCUUCUUGUCAAUUAAUUGACUGGCUAAUUAAAUUGAAGAGAUUUUUGUCAUCAUUAAACACGUCAAUUAUUGUGGACAAUUUUCCUGAGGAUCUGAGAGUUUCUGCAUCUGUGUAGAUUUUAAUAAUUAAAUCAAAGAUUCUUUAUUAAAACUUAGCAUUAAAAUAAUUAAUUUAAUCAUCUUAUUUAAUUUAUUUUGUACUUUUAUGUGGUUUAUGGCUUUUACUGUUUUAUUCGCCACAGUAUUUCCUUCUAGUUUGUAUUUGUUUUUUAUUGUUGUUGCUUUUAAUCUAAUUUAUUUAUGACUUUUUAUUGUUCUAACUAAUGUUUGUAUGUGUCUUUUAUGUC